CGAGACUCGUCUGGACUGCUCUCUAAAAGACCUUUUUUUUGUCUCUCGUUGAUUCUAGAACAAUGUCUUCAUCUACCCAGAAUAACAGCGCCUUGGAUGUCCAGCCCAAGGACGCGAAGCGUGCACUUGCGGAGGACGCAUAUGAUGACUGCCUAUCGUGCAGAGUUACUGGAUCCGCCGCAUUCAUCGGCCUCGGUGUGUACAGCUACUACUCGGGAUUGAAGAACCUCAAGAUGAAUGAAAAGGCAAUCAUGCAAGGAACAACCAAGUAUAAGAUGGGAUCUCGACAUCUCGGGCUCUUCACCAUCUCUGCGACACUAGUUGGGAUGGGAAUAUAUAGAGCCUUCAACUGAUGAAGCCACGACGAUUUGUAUAUCAUGUACUCUAUACCAUAUAUUCUACUCUGGCGUUGGUUCUUCUGAUGACGGGAAUGCACAUCAAGUCAAGCGCUUCAUCACUAAUAAACAUGUACAAAACAGUGUAUAGAAAGGAUCGUACGAUUAAUAUAAC